AGACGAGUUCACAUUUAAAACACGUGAAGAAGUGAUCGAGACAUGUCAACAAAACCGAGCAGUACAUCCUGAUAUUUGUGCCGUCCAUCUAAAUAAUAUUGAUUAUAUGUGCUUUUUAACUUUCAUGGGCAGUUAUUGAGCGACUGAUAUUUCAUAAUGCAACAAGGACAAACGCUUUCGGGUGUAAAUAUUGUGCUUGUUAUGACCUACGGCAGCCUGGUUUUUGUGCUACUCUUCAUUUUUGUGAAAAGACAGAUUAUGAGAUUCGCCAUGAAGUCUCGCAGAGGACCACACGCCGCAUUGGGUCAUAACGCACCAAAGGAGCUAAAAGAAGAGAUUGACUCCCGUUUGUCAAAAGUAAAUGACAUUCGCUUUGAACCACGUCUGCUUGCUAAGGAGGAUGACAGACUGAAGCAUCAAGGACAGAAUGGCUGUUAUAACUACCUCUUCAGAAUGCAAGCAUUAGAUGCCAUCAGAGACUCUGAUAUUCCAUUCCAUGAGUUGUGUCACAGUGCCAGCGGUCUGACUGGACGACGCUACAGGAAUUGGCUGAUGGAGCUUAGGAACUCUCAGUCUCUCUUCAAGUCAAAUCACAGCACACUCAUAGAGCGAUUACUGGAAGGAUACGACAGGGCUCGCCACGGCACCGGGGUGUUUGGUGAAUCAGAGUUUGUAAAGUAUAAGGAGGACCUGGCUGAACUAGCCAAUAUUGUAAAACUCCGCUCCAGCACCACAAGUCUUAACCAGCAGCACCAAUCGGCGGCUAAAGAUCUUACCAGCUCCUCCGGACCCUCUAACGCCUCCACUAUUCAGGUCACGUACCUGCCCUCCACCAGCCAGCGCAGCAAGAGGCCCAAGCAUUUCCUGGAGCUCAAAAACUUUAAAGACAAUUACAACACUUUAGAGAGCACACUGUGACCUUUUGUGUCAAAACUGUGACUGAGUAAUACAGAGACUUUAAACCAAAAUCAUUCACUGGAAAAAUGAAAGUGGGAGUGGAUCUAGAAGUGGAAAUUUAUAAAAAAUGUUAAAAUGCAAAAAAAGGCAUUUGGCAUUCUGUGCUUACAAUGUGAAUCAAUGUUUUGGGAGAGCUUCAAAGUAACCACUUCCCUUUAGACUGGAUGCAUUUUUUAAAGGCAUAACUACUAUUUCCUAUUAGAUGUCCCUUUAAUAUGAAAAUCUAAAGGUCAUUGUGUAUUAUCAUAGUCAAAUAAGCAACGGCAGUAACCCAAGCUUUAAUCAAGAUUUGACUGAGAUAACAUUUCUAAUGAAAUCGGUUUCAUUCUGUAUCAAGAGUAACAUGGAAUCAAAUUGUCUUCAAAUCGCUAUUCUCAAGAAAAGUUACAAAAAUCAAGCCAGAUGUUAUCAUUCCCACAGAUAAUAAAAGGUAACACAAUAACAUAA